AUGGGGGAGCGGCAGAGCUCCCCGAGCCCCUGGGAGCCCGCGGGCAGACACCGACCGCGCCCCGAGCAGGCGGCUUUCGCUGCGGGAGGAUACCUCCCCCAGGACUACGUUUCCCAGCGGCUCCUCCCGGGGCCGCACAUGCUCCAUGCGGCUCCCGGCAGCUCCCGGCGCGGCGCCCGGUGCGGCGCGGGGGCGGGCGGUGCGGCUCCCGAUGUGACCGGCGGCGCGGCGCUGCCCGCCGCGGAUCCCGGGGCGGCCACCGGGGCGGCUCCCGGCGCUUCCCUGUGCCGCUCCCGCCGCGGUUCCCGGUGCCGCCCCCGGCGGGGCAUCCUCCCGGUGCGCCCCCGGGAGCGCACGGCCCAGCCCCGCCGCCGGCCCGGGCCCGAGCGAUCCCGGGUCCCCCCGCCUCGGGCCGGCAGCAUGCCCCGCGGGCGAGCCUGGACGCAGGCGGAGGUCAGGAGGCUCCUGUCGCUGGUGGGGGACUCGGGGGAGGCCGCGCUGCUCAUGGCCUCCACCUCGCGACCCAACGAGGCGCUCUGGCGGGAGAUCUCCCGGGGUCUGGCGGCGGACGGCUACGGGCGCAGCGUGGCCCAGUGCCGCUCCAAGUGGAAGGCGCUCAAGCAGGCUUUCCACUCGGAGCGGGAGACGCGCCAGAGGGCAGGACACCCCUCGCCCCGGCUGCCGCCGCACUACCGAGCCAUGAAGAACAUCUGGAAGGCGGCCGGGCAGCCCGUCUUUGGCGAACGGAGGAUGCCAGAUGUGGUGAAGCUGCCCUCCAGAAAGUGCAGGUCAACCCUUGCCACACGCUCUCCAUCCUCACCGGAUCCACCAGAGCACGACGUUGGCGAGGACACCCCCAGCACUGUCACCCAUCCUGCAGCACUGCUGUCACCGAUGCUGCAGUGUGCAAAGGAUGAGCCAGAGAAUCCUGAUGGGAACCACAUUACUGGAGUGCCACCCACACCUCCUGCCAUGCCACACGCCAGUUGCUGCUUCCCUCCCCUCUUCCCUCUGGGCUGUCAUGCUGAUCUGAAGCAGGAAGGAGCUGAGGGAAAGGCCGGUUUUCCUGGUGAGACGUCCCUGGGGGUGGGAAGAAGAAAUCAAAUGCUGCCGCUGGCUGCUGCAGCCACAGGCUCCCAGGGGACAGCAGCCAUGAGCGAGCAGCCAGCAGCAGGUGAAGAUGCAUCAGACACAAGCCUGCAUGGGUCUAGCGUGGCAGGGUUGCUCCAGAACGUCGAGCAACUGCUGGUGGAGAUCCUGCAGACAUCACGGCAGCAGCAGGCACUACUGGAGAGCCUGGCCAGCAACACAGCCUCCCACCUCCACCACCUCUCCCACAGCCUCGAGCAGGGUGGCUCCAGAGUGUCCUGCUCCACUGGCGCUCUCCACGCUUCCCCAGAUGACAAAGAGGAGCCUCAGCUGUCCCCUGAUGCCAGGUGCAUUCCCCCAUGAUUGCCACCAUCACUGGCCCCAGGAACAAGAGCUUUGCUACAGAGCUAUGGCACAAAUCUUUAUAUCAGAGGUUCCAGAUAUUUUAAAAGUUUAUACUAGAGAGACAUUCUAAUAAAACUAAAAAUAGCUUUUCUA